AACCACAACGAGGCUUUUGUUUAGUGGCGGGAUACAGUACCGGUAGUAGGUAGAAUGCACUUUCCGGCUUUAGCGUCUUUCAACGUUCCCCUUCCGAAACAAAUACCUUACCCUUACCCCACGUGCCCCAGAAACUUCCCUGCGAUGUGCAAGAUGUCACCAGGAUGUAUUAUUUACCCCAGUCUUGAAAAGACGCCAUUGACAGUAAAAAUAUGCCGAAUGCCGGAAGUGUGGAUAGUUGAAUUCCAUCGGAUCAGGGAAAGAGUAUUGGAAAUAGUGGACGCUUUCCGUUCAUGGCUCGAACAUAGUUGAGCUUGCACCUUCGACUGGGGCUUCCUGGUUGGCAAUCACGUGGCAAUACAAUGUUUAUAUUAAAACAGAUUGUCAAGUCACCGAAAAUGUCCCCCAACCAACUUAUUCAAGAUGAUCGAUCCUUCAGAUGUAGUCACCAAUGGAAUUCCUCAGAUUAUCAAAGAUUCGGCAAUUGAGAAUCUUCGUCCACUCAGCGUAAUCGUCAUUGGAGCUGGCUUUUCUGGAAUUUAUUGCGGUGUUCGAAUACCCGAGAGACUUCGCAAUGUCAACCUAAAGAUCUAUGAGAGGAAUGCUGGAGUGGGAGGAACAUGGUACGAGAACAGAUAUCCAGGCUGUGCCUGCGAUGUCCCAUCACACUCUUAUCAGUAUACUUUUGCUCCAAAUCCAAAUUGGAGUAGCUUUUAUGCUCCUGCACCAGAAAUUCGACAAUAUUUGGAAGAUGUGGUCAGGAGGUUCUCGGUAGACAGGUUUAUCAAAUGUUCACACGAAGUUGUUGGUGCACAAUGGGACGACAAAAAGGCAAAAUGGAAGGUCCAAGUUGAGGAUAUCGAAACAGGAGAGACUUUUACUGAUGAGGCCGACAUUGUAAUCAGUGCCCGUGGUACCUUGAACAACAUAUCCUGGCCAACAAUCGAAGGAUUGUCUGACAUCAAGAUUCCUGUGAUGCAUUCUGCAGCCUGGGACAUGAACUAUGACUUUAAAAACAAACGAAUUGGCGUCAUAGGAGGUGGCAGCAGCGCGAUACAGAUCAUUCCUUCGCUGCAGAAAGUGUCUGGAACACAGCUGAGUUGCUUUAUCAGGAGCAAGACUUGGAUCUCUAGGCCGUUUGGUGACGUUGCAAUGGAGAGACUUGGAAUUAAAGAAACAUACUUCUCCGCAGAGCAGAAAGCACGGUUUGCAAACGAUCCAGAACACUAUUUGGAGUUUCGGACAAUGAUAGCACGUGACGCAAAUUCGGCACACGCUAUAACAUUAAAAGGCAGUAAAUAUCAAGAAACAGCGAGAGAUGAUUUCACAGAACUCAUGAAAGAAAGACUUGCAAAAAAGCCAGAGAUUUUUAAGGCGCUCCUACCAUCAUUCAGUGUAGGCUGUCGAAGACUAACGCCAGGACCUGGAUAUCUCGAAGCACUUGUAGAGGAUAACGUCAAUUUCAUUGACACGCCUAUUCUGAAAGCGAGCGCGAAUGGUCUGAUACUCAAGAAUGGUGAAGAAAGGGAACUGGACGUCCUUGUCUGUGCAACAGGUUUUCAAGCAUCCGCACCUCCUGUUUUUCCGGUCAUUGGACGAAACGGCCAGUCCAUGAAGGAGAAGUUUGAGCCAUGGGCUGAGACUUAUCUAUCUCUGGCUACUGAUGGAUUUCCAAACUACUUUAUGAUGCUAGGGCCCAAUGCUGCGAUUGGGACUGGCUCAUUGACGGCAAUGAUGGAGGUGACUGGCGACUAUAUCAUCAAAUGUAUUCGCAAGAUUCAGAAAGAAAAUAUCGCUAGAAUGGAAGUACAAAAGCGAAGAGUCCAGGAUUUCUCGAGGGUCAUUGAUCACUAUUUUCAAAAGACUGUCUACGUUGAUGACUGUAGUAGUUGGUAUCGGAGCAAUGGAGGGAAGGGGGAUCGGGUUACUGGUCUCUGGCCGGGAAGUACGUUGCACGCGAUGGAAUGUCUACGAUCGCCAAGAUGGGAAGAUUUCGACUAUGUAUAUGAAGGAGAGAAUGACGGAGAAGAGUGCAAUAGGUUAGCUUGGCUUGGAAAUGGCUGGUCUAUCACGCAGACUGAUUCACAAGAAGGCGAGCUGGCUCACUUCUUGCAACCAGGCAUGGUUGACAUACCUGCCGAGCCAUUUCCCGAGGAAACCAGCAUAUUCGAGAUGAGGCCGUUUUCUUACUAGUUUUAUGUUAAAGUUGUGUAGAUUUAUGGAGAUACAGCUUGGAAAGAAGUAUUCAGAAGCUCAUCGUAUGACCUAGUGAUAUAAACGAGUUUCUCGAUGCCCAUGAGGUCAAUCUCCGACAUACACUCAACGAUCCAAUUUCGUUCGGGUGAUCGUUAUCACCGGGGGUGGGCUAGUCAUUAUCCCGUCUAGAAGAACUUGUUUGGUUAAUAACUUAGUGUGCAGAUAUAAACAGCCCACUGACACCUUGAUAAAGCUCCUUCAGCCUUUUCUUUUCUCGCUACCGUACGCAUAUGAUUUCACCAAACACAACAUCUUUUUGAUUCGCAUUAUAAUCAAAUUAAUAAAGUUAUUAUAAAUUGAAAUAUAACGUUUAGGUGUCUUUAAAGAAG